CGCGUUCAGCAUAAUGUUUGCUUCUGUCGUAUGCAUGACAACAAUGAAAGCUUAAUUAUAUCUAGCAUCAUGCUGAAGGCAGGUUAUUGCUUAAAAUGUUAUAAAUUGAGUUGAAUUGAAUAUCUCAGGUUUCUAUUUUCAUUUGAUAUAACUAAAUAUGCCAUGAAUGUUAGUUCACUGUAAGGCAGCCAAUAUCAUAUUGAUCAGUUCAAAGUAUUGAUUGGGUUCGAAUCUUACAGGAACUCAGUCGCAACCCAAACAGCUCUUUGAUAACAUCUCCAACUGCUGCACUGGAUAAUUUGGUGUCAAAUCUCGGAAGAGAAAUCAGUCAAAUCGAGUUUCUAGAUACGUGUACCAGAAAGUACAGAAUUGAGACUCAAGUUUCGUGCCUAUAACCACCAUCCAACGAAAAUCUGUCUCAUAAUCUAAUAUGCACCUGCAUAUUACUUCAUAAAUUUUUUGGACUAGAAAAAUAGCUUUCCUUCGUAGUUACGUGUAUGAAAUUGAUAACUGAAACUUAUGAGGAAAUCUAAAUCGAUUAGAAAACGCUACUGCUUGCCAAAAACACAAAGAAUUUAUAAUUCAGUAUGUUUGGUGUGUUUUUUCGGUUUACAUGUCAAUGUAUAGUUCAGUUGAAUUACUCAGGCAACUUGUCUCAUGUAUGAUCUAUUGUUUACACACUAUGUUUGCCAAUAUUUCAGCUAUUUCGAUCGCAACAAUAUAUGCUUGAGGUACAGCAGCAAAUGAAUGUGAACUGAUCAUAUGACUCGUCAUAUGCCUAGUUGUAUAUAAAAAGGAGAUAUUUAAUCAAUCAUAAUCAAAGAAUGCAGUUUCAGUAUACUAUGCUCUUUCUGCUAACUGCUUUAGUAACUGUGUUCAACACUGUUGAGUUGAGAGUCUGUGAGUUUCAUUUAGCCGUUUUCUUUGUUUUCAGUAUUUCCCUUUUUGCAAAGUUUCUAGUUACGAAGUUUAGUUGUAUCGAAAUUUCGACUUGAAAACUUAAUAUAAGAAGACGAUGAAUAUAGAUGAAGUGCUUUUUAGUAGCAUUUCCACAGUCUGAAAUUCUAUGGACAGUUGUAUAUUUUGAAUUACUUCAACUGAAAAUUUUGUUUUCAGAUACAUUUGUGAUUAAAUCUUUUGAUUAUAUCUCGUCAUUUUUGUUGUAGAACUACAGUGAGCUUCCCUUCCGUAUAAUCUUUAAAUAUUCGUUUAACGUACCGUCACCUAGUGAAGGUAUAUAUUGUUUUCCGGUUUUCCACCGCUGAACUACUUACUACAGCAAACUUUUCGUUUUGUAUAACCAGAAAGAUUCAAGAUGUUUUGAACGGAAUGUAAAGCUAUGCUCACAGAUAUAUAGUACCUUGGUAAAUUCAGAGCCUCGGGAUUUUUCAAGUUACAGUUGCGAGUGAAUGCUCCUAGACUGUCUCCAUAUUUCACUUUAAAAUAUCGUACUUCGAGUAGAGUGAUACCUGUAUUUUACAUAGUACAAACGACUAAUGUUAUAACAUGCCUUGAGGUUAGCAACAGCUGCAAACGACUCAUGUAUGAAUUUUGUACAAUGUUGACUUCAACAUUUGUGAUAUCGGUUGUUUAUUUGAAUGGUAUACAAACUUUUUUGAGUAUAGGAGAUAAAAAUGAAAGAGGCAACAUGAAUAUGUUUGAAAACAUUGAUGGGGCAAAUGAAUGGGUAUUUCACUAAACUGUAUAUUUUGACCGCAAUAUGCGCAAAUACAAGUUUAUUAUUGAUUUUUAUGGUGUGUAAUGUGCACUCCCAUCACAUGUAUGCAAACUGCAUGCUGAUAGUUUAUCUGGACGUAAAUGUUCAGUGGUCUUCAGAUUAUAUUUCGGACUAUUUAAGAUAUGUUGUGGCACAUAAGCAGUUCUUUGAGAGUUUUCUCCAGUUAUAACAAAAUUUUAUUACAUAUCUCAUGGAAGAAUGUGAAAAUGGCCAUUCAUAAAACAGUUUUCAUCUCCAGUGUGGGAUUGAAACUUACCUGCUCGUUGUUUGAUGUCCUAGAGAAUAUAUGGAAAUGUUAUCAUUACUUCAGAAAUGUAUGUUCAUCUCUUACACGGAUUCCUAUUUGUAUGUAAUCAUUCUGUCUGAGGAUGUACACGACCGAUCAAGGGAUCAGGCUACCACUAACUGAUAUAUAUUGCAUAUAAUAAACUUCAUAUUUUCUAUAAGGUACACGCUCACUUGAUUACGAAAAUCCGAUACUGGACGUUGCAUUAUGAAAUUUUAUCGAUGUCUAAACGCUUGUUCAGCUUGUGAGUUGCUAACGAAUCUCAUUUCACUUCGAUGAGACCGAUAUUGAUCAAGUAAAAAAUAACAGUUUUAUUAUCACCAGCAUGAAAACGGUUUUGCGAAGGUGUGACUAUGAUAUAGUAUCAGAACCUUAACACUAAAUUAUACAACAAAAAAUUUUUAGUGGAAUACAAAAAACAGUUAGUGAUUUGAUGGAUUCAAUAAAUUCAGACAUUGUACAAACGAUAAUAGUGAUUUUGGUAUUUCUGAUCUUCAAUGAAUCAACAACAACCUGGUUUUGUUUUCAUUCAUUGCAAAGUACAAAAAACAGAAUGAUAAUGACCGUUAAUUUGCCCAGAUGAUUCAGAUUGUUAGUUACUAUUUUGUGCAUGGAAAAAUCUUCCAUCCCUCAUUAAAAUCUUAUAUAUAUAGGACUUAUUCAACACCACUGAGAAACAGCAGGGAAAAGGAAACGUAGUCUCGAGUGUGAGUUCAUUGCUGUACGUCUUCAAAAGCAGACCAUUCGAUGAUAAUGGGGAUUGGAUGUUUUAUCAAAUAUUGAGAAAGCCUUAAGCAUAUUAGUGUGAUGUUUUCAAAGAAAUAUAGCUGUCUAUCAUAAUGAUGUAUAUAGGUUAAAUCCAAUACUUUAACACUGUAUCAUACUGAGCUCUUUAUUUCGAGCACAGCUCAGCCAAAAAAUGUGUAGAUGUUUCUUUAAACUGUAGCUGUUUCUGGUAUUUCAUAUUUCAGUCAUACAUUAGGAUAUAACAGAUUUUUCAUUAGAUAAACUGAGACCGAACAUACAAGUAGGCAGUUGAAAAUAUUAAGUCUAGUAAUAACUGACGAAAUUCAAUAGCUGCAUGAUCCUUCACAGAUUGUUUUUCAGAAAAUACAUAAAACUGGAGGAAAUACACGAUGAGUUAAAGCUGCCAAUUUGAGUUAUGAUUCAAUGAGGCAAGACACAGGAGUAUCUAUCUUAUUUGGUGAAGUGAUUUCGUGAACAGAAUCCCGGAAAACCAAGUUCUCAUAACAAAUUAAGUUUAUUUGUGAUAUGUAGCUUUUGGGAAGUAGAAAAAACGUUUGGAUUUCUAUGAUAACAUUAUUCAAAUGUGUAGGGAAGUAAUACUAGUUUCAAACUGAAACAGAAACUCAUUCUGUUAGGUUUUCAAUGCGAUGUAAUCUUUACACUUAUAGAAGUUAGGUUUAAUGGGUCCUCUGUCGUGUGUUCACUAGUGAAAUUGAUAGCGCAAUGAAAAUCCUUCAGUGACUGAUUACAUUGAGGCUUACGAGCAGGGCUAUGAGAUAGCAAGUCUAUCCGGAAUAUAACACUCAGGUUUAGGAAAUAUGACAAUAAAUAUCAUAACGAUUGUGAUCUGAUGUCUUUGUUGGAAACAUCGGAGAGAAUACAUUCGAUUAGAUUGCUCAAGACUGUUCAAACAAAUAUGCUUGAAAUUGUAUGCACAUCAAAAUCCGUGAGGAAGAGUGUGUUUUAAGAUACACAGGUUUUGAAGGUAUAAAAUUUAAAGUGUUACUAACCUACUUUAUGUCAUCGCUAGCAUGCUAGUCAGCGUGUUCAGAGGGAAUUCACAUUGAGUUCAGUAAUGCAUAUGGAGCAAUGUUGAUGGUGAAUAUAUUCAUAAAACUGCCACCGGAUACUUCAUUUUCAUCAGAAGGGAUGAAAUGUGAUUGUGGAAGUUACUGUGAAAUGUCGAAUAAGCAAUGCAUGUUAGUAAUCCUGAAUGAAUGGCAUAACGUCAGCCGAAAUGCAGACCACGUAUACAUGGAAAAGACAUUGCAUUUUACGCAGUAAAUUUUGAACCCAUGAAAAUUUCUAGGAAUCAUUGGCUUUAGCAUGAGUUUCAUUAUCAGGCUUUUCCAGCAUAAAGAUAAGGUGAACUGAGGUGUGAACAAGAGAUUGCAUAGUGUGGCUUCGAAUGACGGUAGUGCUUAAGACUAUCUUUAGUGAGGCAGUAUCCUUCCACGUAUAUUUCAAAUUGUCAUUGCAAACGAUUUUCAGAGUUUAAACUACACGAAGUUGGGUGGAUAAAAAAUUCGACUGGAUCCCAAAUGAUGGGGAUUCACUUACCUAGUUCUUACCUUCCAGCGUUUUCCAUUUUUUCAUGCAGGCGUACAGAAUUUCGGAUGAUAAUAUCGCCGAAGAUUUAUGUUGAUGUCUUGUCGCACAAACUCGAAGAUCUACAGGCAAAAAACAACAAGCUGACAGAAGAGUCAGAGAAGGAAGACGGAACUUCCUUCAGCUGAACGAAGAGAGGCACAGAUGAUGAAGAUACACAACCAUCACCAUCACCACCAACACCACCACCAACAACAACAACAACAAGCGACAAUCACCAUCAACGGCAGAAAUCGAAAGGAAGUUGUCUCUUCAUCUACCAUACUAGGCAACAUCGUUUCAAAUACAGGCGACAUAAGCAUAGAUGAGAAGGUGAAAGUGAGGAUCGGAAAGACAAGAUAGGCAUUCUGCAUCAAUCUGAAAUAAUAAUCAAUGUGGAGAUCUACUAUACUCCACCUGUUUGAUCAGUGAGCAGGUAUGCAAAGCAUAUAGCUCUGCACCAGUUUCUUCAUGCAGGCUCAUCCUUCGUUAGCUAUACUAGGGUUUUCCUGUAGACAGGUAAUCAAACACCUGAUGAUAAUUAGGAGCGAGGUAGAACUCGAACACAUGAAAAUAGUGUUUUUUAAGGCAGCGGAAGUAUUUGCUUAAUUUGUUUCAUCCUUACAUUGAUUCGUCACUAAGUGCUGAGUGAAUUCUACCGAUGCUUUUACAAAGUAGUCAUCUAAUUUAACUAUCACAGUGCUCUUCCAUUCAUAUAAGCACACUGGAGAUUGAUGAAAAGAAACCAUGCUUGAUCUGUAUAGAUUUUGGACUUUUUGAUAUUGGUAAUCAAGACUUAUUUACAACAUUCAACAAAGUGAUGUUAUCUGAGAAAUUCGAACCGAAGAUAUUCAGUGUUUAUAUGAAGGAUAUUUCUACUGAGCAAUUCAUUCAAGAAUUGAUCUUCUGCCUGCAACUUCUAACUAUUGAAUUUAAGGAAUCAUCGGAGGUAAAACUGAGAUUUUUCGGAAAGGCACUUUAUGCCUAAAUUACCACCUGGAUAGGUGAAAAUAGACAUUGAAAAUUGAGAAAAUACUGGACAGCAACAUCGAAAGCUUUCUGCAUCAGUGACUUUCGUCAGAUCUGUAGAACCAUGCAAUACAAAUUGCUCAUUAAACCUGAUAAAUCCAACGCAAGAUGUUGACAUGCGACUGUUGCACAGUGAAAGAAUUCAGGCAAAUCGUGGGCAUCAGACACUAUCAGAUAAUGACUUCUGAUUCAAAGGUGGCUAAAGUGUCAUAUACCUUCAUAUUCAUGUUGAGCAAGAUAAAGUUAGGAUUUUGAUGUUUGUAAACUCUGAUCAAUAUGUUGCAAGUUAUAGAGUAAAUUUCAGAUGUGCGUAUGAUUAUGAAAGAAUAUGACUUGGACGACAUAGAUGUAAUAAAUCCCAUUUGUGUAUUCGUUCGUAUAUUCGCUACUUUGGAUUAUAGUUGAUAUAAUUUUAUUCUUCUGAAGCGUAAAUAGUUAAUGCUGUUUGUUGGAUGAAGUGCACAAAGAUUUAUUGAAAAGUAGGAAGUGACAAACAUCCAUUUAUGAACAGUUCUGAUGACAACUGUCACUUUUGUAUCACAUAAAGAUGCAAUGAAUGGCUUCUGUAGAUUUUCUUUGUGAUCAGAGGCAUUCGGCAGUCCUUCUGCAUUACCAAGUAGUGUUUGUUACAAGAUAAGAUUUCACCAGACGAUAUUUAUGUAUUGCAGCUCAGAAGGUAACCAUAAUUCUAUGCAAAAUAAUAAAAUCUUUCUGUGAAUGGAAAGUAUUUCUGGUUGGGUGGGAUUUAUUGUAUUGUAUUUUAGAACUGUGUUUGUAAUGUAUUAUUCAAUGAAGUAUAUUCUAUGAUGAGUUGAUGGAAUCAAGGUGAUUUGCACCAUGAUUGCUACUGUGUAUUGAAUGAAAAUGAUGAAUGCGUUCGAAGAUCUGACAGUUUGUUUAAAGCAAGUUAUUGUGGUGAGUGCAACGACUUACGGUGAAUUGACCAGUUCAUAUUACCGCAUUUCUGCAUUUCAUUUCACUACGAAUGCUAAUUCCAUGCCUUGAUCUCCAUUCUGGUAAGUGAUCUUGGUAUAAGAAGAAUAAUUAUUUAGUACUUUUGUAGUUGUCAUGGAAGGGUCGUUCUUCAUACAACACAAUAAAUAGACCUAUAUACCUUAAAAUAAAAUGCAAUUUGAUGAGUUGGAAAAAGUUGAAGGAUAGGAGUUCGAUGUUGAAAAUAUUAAAAAAUUAUAAAGAACAAGACGAAAUUUAUUGCUAUCCACUUUGUUGAUGACUCCUUCAUCGUCACAUGAUCAGCAAUGAGUUCAAAAACAGUCACUACAAUAAAAUCACUACACUGAAACACUGAAAGAUCCUGUUGAAUUCAGUGGAUUAUCAUUCAUUAAGCCAGUCUCAAUUCAUAAGGAAUUUUAUUAAGAAUAACGGCACAUAUAUGGUGCACUGUUUCGUUCUCCAGAACUUUAAAAAUCUGAAUCAAUCAAGGUUUCAGAUACGCCUUGCUGACAAGUGCCAAAAACCGCGAUAAUUAAAUCCACCGCUUUUCACAGGCCUCAUUCAUUCAACUAACAUCUGCCUCAUAAUCUCAUAUUCAUUUACAUCUCUGUAGAAUAUAUUUUGAACAAUUCAACAACUGGUAUACAAAUAAAAAAGAGAUGAAGUUUUCUGUUCUCCUUAUUCUUUCACAUAUAUUUGUUCAUUAAUAUUUUUCAGUCUGAGCUCGUUUUUUCAUCUCAAUAAUAUGUAUAUAGUCGACAACUAGAACAUGUAAACAAUCGUGAAUCGAAUAAAUGAUGCCAAUCACUAGAAGAAGAAAAAAAUGUAACAAUUCGGAAUUUAAUAUCAUUCAUUCAAUAGUUAAUUUAUCCAACUGUGUAAAUAUAUAUUUCAUUGAAUUACUAAGCGUAAAAUUAUCUAACACCUACUUUAUUGCCUACGUAAAUUUUUCAACUUCCAGGCAUUUUGAUAUAGGUACAACAUUGAUUAAAUAUGAACUGGUCAUAUGAUAUAUCGAAUGCAUGAUUGUAUAUAAGAAUGACAGAAUUGCAAAAAACCACAACACUUUAAUACAUAAUCGUCAAACAAUGCGAUUUCAGCUUAAUAUGUUCCUUCUACUAACUGCUUUGAUAACUAUGUUCAACUUUGUUGAAUCGGCAGUCUUGACAGCAGGAAGUAAUACAUCACAGUCUCCAGGAUCAUUAUGGGAUUGGGUAAAGUGGCUGUUAACCAUUUUAUGCACGAUUACUAACAUCGUGACCACUUACUUCGGAUAG